AUGACCUCCACGGACGAGCAAGAAAAGGCCAAGACGGCCGAAACCCGGACGUCUACUUUUAACCCGGACGCACCCGUGUUCAAACCCUCGCAACCCCGCCCGUCUGGCCAGCUCAACGCCAACGCACCUGAGUUCAUCCCUGGGCAGCUAGGUACGUACGAUGGAGGCAUUGGCUACGUCUCGGUACCCGAUGUCAAGCACGGCAAGGGGUACAACAAGGGUGGCUACCACAGGCCCAUAUCGUAUAUGCACCCUGCAGAUGGCCAGUACCCGCCGGCCUGGUCCCCUCCGCACCAGCAGUAUAUGCCGCUGUGGGUGCCUUGCCCGCAGGACAUGUACGGCGGCGCCCCGAUGUACGACUACGUGCCGUAUAGGUACGGUGGCGGCCGCGGGUACGAGGGUCCGGACGGGCAACCCAGGCCCAUGAGGGGCCCGAGACACGGCACCCCUACCGUCCAAGGUCACAAGCGAGAGGCGAGCGUUUCACAUGCCAUGGGCAUGCCGCCGCCACCUCACGGUCCUCCUAAACGCGUUGACCCCGUAGAUCGACGCAAGGAAAAUAAGGACCAGGGGAAGGUAUCGGAAGGAAAGGUUAAAGCUGAGCCCAAGGCAGUGACUAAGGAGCCCGCUGUACGAGUCCCCGAAGUGCUCGUUGCACCUAUCGCAACCCCGCCUCCAGACGCGAAACCCAAACAGUUCACGUGGGCCGACCGUUUCCGCCAAUCUAGUGUCAAGGAAGAGGCGCAGGACGUUCCCAAGGUGGAGGAAAGCAACCUCACCACGUCGAUUUGGAAGGGGCGCCCAACCUUCGCCGACAUGAUGAAGAAGGCUGCGGAAGCUGCACGUAAAGAGGAAGAGGUGAAAAUUGCAGUAGCGAAGGCGUCCGAAGCAGCGCAAAAGCUCGAGAUGGAAUCUGAGAGCCAAAAGUCGCCAGAGAAAAGUGCUCUGGGCGUCAGUCCCGAUGUUGCCUCAGAGCCUGCACGUGCAUCCGCUGCUUUAGCCACCGAUGAAAGAACCGUGGAUGUCGCCGAAGAUACGCUGCACAAAACCGCAAAAGCUAUAGUCGCUGAAAAUGAAGUAGUGGAAGUUCACGAUGAAACGCCCAACCACAGGCAGCCAAAGAGCGAACAAAUACCUGGUAAAGAUCAAAGGAUACCCGUUAAUCACAUUGACGUUUUACUUACCGCGGAACGCCAAAAGGGCGCCGUCGAAGUCAAGCCCGAACAACACAUUUUAACGAAACAGAUACCACGCGCUGAGGAGUCGAUACCAUCAAAGGAUCUGUCGGAACCGUUGCCGUCAACUCCAUCACCAGCUGUGCAGCCGGACAUGUCCUCGCACUCUUUCGAGUCUAAUCGGUCUGAAGGCGUAACGCCAUCCAACCGUGGCGUACCGUCAAGUCCGUCUGUGCACUCUCACGUGCUUGACGCGUCAAGGUUCGACAAGAUGAACGGCGUUAAAGCAACGACGCCUGAACUGUCUAAAGAUGAAGUCCAGAGUGCAGAAUAUGAUGCCAGUUUGGAUCAUUACCAGACGCUUGAGUCCUCUCCCCCGCAGAGUUCGAACGAGCUGCCAGAGCUAUCGGAAUCGGAGACAUCCGAACAGUGGCAUGAGAGCAGGGAGACAAUGCGCUCAAAGCAGUUGGAUGAUGCUGCAUCUAGCCCACUGGUUGACUCCGGUGACGAAGUUGAGGAGCCUAUCGCUGAUGCGUCCGAUGUGUCGGCAGCGGUAGCCACGCCGUCUGACAAGCUGGAGCCCGAGCCGUUUGCAAAGGUCAAGCAGUAUUCCCCACCUCCCAGCGACCUCGUAUUCCCGAUAGACACUUUAGUUAGGUGUGGAUUUGAAUUGAUGAGGGUAGGACUCGAGUUCAACUCUGAACUGGUUUUCUCGCUCAACAUUAAUAGGGACACCAAUGCCGGAACGGAAAAUCGCCGGACAGGUGGUGCGCGCUAUGAGGAGAAGAACUACGCCCAAAAAUACAAAGGCGACAACUGGGUGAUGCAGCGACGACAUGCAAAGCCAGAGCAAAGAGGCUUUGGUGGAUGGAACAAGUCUUCCAUGGAAUUUUCAAGAGAUCAGCUAGAGUCGUUAUCACGGCCACAGGCGUCCGAAUCCUCGUGGAUUCGUAAACAGGCCAAACUCAAGAUGGACAAGGAUCAUCAAUUGACGCGCAGACUCAUGGGUUUGCUCAACAGAUUAACGGUCGAAAAGUUCGACACAAUCUACAGACAGGUCUUGAUGAGCGGUGUGGAAACAGUGCAACAGGCGUUUAUGUUGGUGAAGAUCAUCUUCGAGAAGGCUAUCACGCAACACCACUUCAUCCCCAUGUACGUGGAGCUGUGCGCGAAGUUGUCUUGCGACCUGGACAACUUCCUCGCUGUUGACCCACAGCAGGGCUCCCAAAGCCAGCAGGACACACAAUCAACGGCUGCGGCGGGUGAACGCAAGGCAGCCAAGAGAAGCGAAUUCAUGAGGAUCCUGUUGAAUUGCUGUCAGGAUUCGUUUGAGAAUAACCUGAAACCGCUUGAGUUCCCACCCGAGCUUGAAGGUGAUGAUAAGUUCGAAUUCGAGCUCAAGUACAAGCACAGGAUGAGGGGAAAUAUGAUUUUCGUCGGUGAGCUCUUCAAGCAGAAGCUGCUGGCGGCGAAGUUGCUCAUUACCUGCCUGGACCAGGUGUUCGCCAAACGCAACGAAUGCAUCGCGUCCACCGGUAGCAUCGACACGGGCGACAACCACCUCGAGGGCAUGUGCACGCUGCUGCAAACCGUCGGGAAAUCGUUCGAUACCGAUAAGUGGAAGUACGCUUCCGAGCUGGAAAGGCGCAUUCAGAUGCUCACGGACCUGGGCAGGAAUCCCCAAAUAUGCUUCCGUAUAAGGUGUCUCAUCCAAAAUGUUUUGGACAGCAGGCACGAGAAGUGGGUGAAGUCGACGCCAUACAAGCUGGAGGGCCCGUGCAGAUUACAGGAGCUUCGAUCCAAGGUAAUGGAACAGGAGAAACAGCAAGAAGACCAUGCGUGGCGUACCAAGAGACGCGGUAAGAGCUACGAGGUCAGGGCGCCCUCGCCUAGGCAGCAAUCGCCCAAGUCAUCCGCAGCGCCGAACGUCCUGUCCGCGACGUCAAUACCACCUCCCAUGACGGCAGAUGAAUUGAAACGGCGCACCAGGGGCAUUGUGCGGGAGUUCGUGAUGUCACACGAUCCGAAGGAGGCAUCGCUUUGCGUCAGUGAACUGAACCUGCAACCGACGCGCGACUGGGAGCUAUAUGCCUACCUUUUCAGUGCCGCUCUGGAGGCAUGCGCUAAGUUGACGGCCGAUCAGGACAGGCGUAUUGUUGCGAAGUGGAUGACGGAUCUUGCUAUCGGAAGGUCAUCGCAAGACGCUCUUGUAAAGUGGUUGCACGGUUUCCUCAAGGACGAGCCGGCCGAUCAUGGAUAUUCCAUGAUGAUUGAGGACUACCCCGUUGUGCCCCUCAUGCUGAAGGAGCUUCUGAAUUGCAUGAAGGAGAGCUACAGCAACGUCCGUGGAUUCGCGGAGGUCGAGAAAAUCAUCGAAGGCGAAAUAUACCCGGCCGUAGGGUUGAUGGUGUAA